CCACUUCCUUUAUCUGCAAAAGCAGGAGCGCAUUGAUGAAAUGUUACAGAGAAACGAAGUUAAAGCUGAACCACACUCUGAUUUCAGCUCAUAAUCCAUCCAUCCAUACAUCCUACAAAAGAAGAUUCUGCAGCCCACACUCUGCUCCCUCGCUCAGUGACACUUCCUCUGCGCUCUGCAAUUCUCACCAUACUUUAUCUCAACAAAAGAGCAAAAGCUGUUCCCACUUUCAACCUGCAAAAACUGCUAUUUGGCUUACAAACGCAGCCUCAAACAGUCACCUUUCCCGUUCUUUUGAUACGGACUAGCUCGUUCAUCUCUGAAGAAGAAGAAGAAGAUGAUGAUGAUGAUGGAAGUUGGAAGGGGAAAUGGCAAUGUCAUCACUGGGAAAUCUUUUUGCCCCUUCACUCCUUCUCAGUGGCAAGAACUGGAGGAGCAAGCUAUCAUGUUCAACUGCAUGGCAGUAGGAUUGCCAAUACCAACUCAUCUCCUUCUCUCUCUCAGAAGAAGCAGAUACUCUCAACCAAAGCCGGGCUUUUUUCCUCCAUACUCUCCUUUGGGAUGGGGUUGUUUUCAGUUGGGAUCAAGCGGGAGAGCAGAGGAUCUAGAGCCAGGGAGGUGUAGAAGAACUGAUGGGAAGAAGUGGAGAUGUUCGAGAGUGGCUUGCCCAGAUUCCAAGUACUGUGAAAGGCAUCUUCAUAGGGGAAAGAAUCGUUUGAGGAAGCAUAAAGAUGCCUCUCUUCAACAUGAAAGCUCUGCUGCCUCAGUUCUCCCUUGCUCUCCUCUUUCUCUUCUUCCUCCUAUCAGCAAAAGCAAAGACACAGCCUGUAAAGAGCCCAGGUACUUUCAUGGAACCUCUGGAUUGAUUUUCCAUCAUUGCUCUGUAUUGGGUUCAGACUUGAGAUUAGAAAGACCUGUGGAGUCUGAGAAGGGAGGAAACCAUAAGCCAAUUUCUCUUCAUUGCUUCUUUGAUGAAAGGCCAGAGAAGAUUGCAGAGGAUGAUGGAGCUCGGAGCUCUCAGUGCAAAUCACUGAAAAGAGCAGAAGAUUUAACCAGUUCUGGAUCUGUGAUUCCAGAGCCUUUGCCUGUAUUACUUGAUCUAAAUGUUUGAUUAGUGCUGUAUUUUCAUUACUAAAUUAUUAGUUAGUUUUUCUCUUCAAAUUGGAAUAUUUCUGGGUUUCUUGGGGUGAAUAGAUUAAUCUUUUUGUUUUUGUUUUUCCUUUGGCAUGUUCCAUUGUUCUGAUUUUAGUGCUGAGUUUCAUGUGAAUAUUUUCAGAUAGGAUUGAAGAGCUAAUUUUGCUUUGUUAA